AUGGAUCGAGAAAUGGCAAUAGUAGAAAGUAGCAAUCAUCUCGGCACUUCCUCACCAGCCAGCGAAACGCAGUUCACGAUAAACUCUACUUUAAUGGACAAUCAAGGAUCCAAAGAAAGCAUAACAGAAACACCAAGGAACGAGGUACCGAUCGAAGCAGAACAACCCAAAAGCCAUGAAAUAAUAACUGAGGAUGAACUUCCUCAAAACACUAGGAUUGAUAUCGAGAAAGAGAUGGAAAUUCCUGUUGCAGACGAGGACGAAAACUUGAAACUUGAACUUCCAGAUAAUUUAGAUAACACUGACUUUUCUAAACUACUAGAAUUUGAUGCAAAAAAUGAUGAGGCUCUAUUCAACUCAAAUGAACUACUGUCCCAAACAAUGGAUUCUGUAAAUAAUAUGGAUUUAUCGGGUGAUCAUCCCCAGGAAGUUUCAUUGAAAGAGAACAUUAAUAUAGAGGCAGCAAGCCCCCAUGAAAACGAAAAAGAAGAAACUCAAGAUGUUACCGAAACAAAGAAAACAGAGGAUACAAAAAACUCGGAAAGUACAAGCAUAUCAAAUGAUCGAACUGUUGCUGAUAUUUCAUAUACAAAAGAGCGUAAAUUAUCGGCAGACAAAGAUGCUGAUACUCUGCCCCCAAUAGAUGACGAAAAGGCCAGCCUACUCGAUACAAGAAAUAAUUCUAUAACGCCAAUAAUGUUUCAGCAACACGAAUUAUUAGCACAACCAUCUCAUAACACUGUUACCGAAAACAACAGCACUGACGCUGAAACCACUGAACGAAAAUCAUCCGUACCAAUCAACGAAAACCUACCACUACCAAAUGAGCAACCGACCAUCUUUGCGUAUGCAAGACUAGAUUUUCAAAGUUUCACAUUUUAUGUACAAACACUACAUGCAAUAAUUGGAAGGAGAUCUGAGAAUGACUUUUCCCACAAAGUUGACGUUAAUCUUGGUCCCUCGAAAUCCAUAUCGAGAAGACAUGCCCAGAUCUUUUAUAAUUUUGGAACAGGGAGGUUUGAAUUAUCUAUAAUAGGAAAAAAUGGUGCUUUUGUGGAUGACAUUUUUGUCGAAAAAGGAAACACCGUUCCACUUCGUAAUAAGACAAAAAUUCAAAUUGGACAAAUACCGUUUCAGUUUAUUUUGCCAGAGCAAGAACGGAAUGACGAUAGUAAAAGUCCAGAAAACGCUGAUAUAACAGAAUCCGAAAUAAAUGCCAAAAAUUUGAAGAAGAACGAGCCCAAGUCCAAGAAAAAAGCUACCGGAACGAAGCCUAAGAAGGUACAGACUAAACCAGCGGUAAAGAAGGAGAAGAAGCCACCAAAGCCACCAAAGAAAGUGUACACACUGGAGGAAAUUCCAGUUGAGUAUAGAACAAAACCUACUGUAUCUUACUCUGCUAUGUUAACUACUUGCAUACGAAAAUACUCGACCGCCAAAGGGAUGUCUUUAUCGGAAAUCUAUGCUGGAAUAAGAGAACUUUUUCCUUAUUAUAAAUAUUGUCCUGAUGGCUGGCAAAGCUCUGUAAGGCAUAAUUUAUCUUUGAACAAGUCCUUUAGAAAGGUUUCUAAGGAAGGCAAAGGAUGGUUAUGGGGUCUUGAUGAAGAAUAUAUUGCAGAGAGAGAACGCCAGAAAAAGAAACAAAAUGAGAUAGCCGUGGCAAAAGCACAAGCUGCACAAUUAAAGCUCGAACAACAACAAAACAGACUGCAGCAAGUGCCUCAGAAGGGCAAAAGAGAUAUUACUUCUCAGAAGUCUACUUCAACUGCGAGAAAACAAAACAUUUCACAAACUCUUGCAGCAAACAGGGCUGCCUCUAACAGAAAGAAUACUGCGAGUGAUAACCAAAGAACAAUGAAAUAUCUACAAGAACAGCUUGUUAUCCUGACACGAGAUCGAAAAGGUUUAUCUAAACAAGUCAUCGCCGCAAUUUUGACACAAGCUCUAGCUAUGACAAUAAAUCAAGUAACACAGGCGGCAAAGAACAAAGGGAUUACAGGUAAUCCACUUACAGCCUUGAUGGACAAGAAUCCUCAGCAUUUGAAUUUAAUUUUAGCAGCAGCUGUGAACGCGGCAACAGCGAAAGUCACAAAAGGUGAAGUAAAGCAAUUAGUGAACUCCGAAACUACAGCGGCUCUAGCAGCCAAGGCACAAAAUUCCAAACCGAUACCUCAGCCGAUAGUUCAGACACCACACGUUCCAGAUAGACCUUUAUCUCAAUUAUCUACGUCUACGUCAUCCCAUCCCAACAAUCACUUGCAUGACAAAGCACGAGGUUCAUUUGAUCCAUCCUCAUUGUCUCGAUUUUUCCAGCCGAGACAGAAUGCCAGGGUUACAUCCCCUGCAACGGCUUCAGUUGCAACAACAGUUGCGCAAAAUGUUGAUAUACAGCUUAAGCCUAGAUCUGCACAGGAAAAUAAUAUAGAAAGUGACAGUAGUACUAGUAGUAGUGGAUCAUCCAGUAGCGGAAGUGGAAGCGAGAGUGACAGUGCUAGCGAUGACGGAAGCGGGAGCGGUAGUGGCGAUGAUAGUAGUACCAGCAGUGAAAGUGAAAGUGAAAGUGAUAGUGGAAGUGAAGUGGAUGAAAAAGACAAUAAAGGUGACAAAGGUGAUAACGGAGGUAUUGAACAUAACGAAUCUAAUGAUAUUUUACGUAACAACGAGAAUGGAAAUAGUACUGGUCGCAAAAUUCUAGAAACAAAUGAAGAGGACCAUGACUCUAAAAGGCGGAAGAUGAGCGAGGUCACCAACCAAGUAAAUGUAGUCGUCGAGGAAAAAAUUGGAGAUGUGACCAAUAGUACAAGUACUUUCGAAGUCGAAUAA